CCUCAUUCCCCUUCUGCCCCCCUUUUCGCCGUCGGUUUUGACCAUGCCUUCGAACAUCGAGAUCGCUUCCUCGUUCGUGGAGGGCGCCCCUCCUGGUGAGCUCAAUGAUGUUGUUGCAGAUAUAAAAGCUCUCACGUCCGACGGCCCCGAUAUUAUUAAUUCCCUUGAGCCUGCUUUCCGGUCAUAUAACGAGACGCAGCUGACGACAACGAAGCUGGCGGGCAGCAGUCAGGAGGUUAUCGUGAGCUCUUAUAACAGAUUGGAAGACGGUCGGUAUUAUGACGUUGAAAGCCAGACGGCAUUCGAAUUCGACCACGUUUCUCAGAUAGCUUCUGCUCCAAAAUCUCAUCCGCUCGAGUCGCAAAAUUCAGAUCUCAUCAAAUCCCUCCUGAAAUCCCUGUCAUCACAUACCCGGGAACAUUUUGUUAGUUGCUCCUACGGCGUCUACCCUACGGAUAACGAUUCGUCCGUGACCAUACUCCUGGUUGCUAAUAAAUACUCGCCUAACAACUUCUGGAACGGCCGCUACCGGACAAUCUACCACGUCCCCAUUUCUUCGCCGACCACCAUUACCGGAAAAAUCCAUGUAGAUGUCCAUUAUUACGAGGAUGGAAAUGUGUCCCUUAAUAACACAAAACCGGUCUCAAUUCCAAUACAGUCCACCUCGGCGGAGACGAUCGUUAGACGGAUCGCCGCGGCCGAGAGAGAGCAUCAGCAAGAAUUGAACGAAGCGUUUGGGAGACUUGCGGAGGGCGCGUUUAAGGGCUUACGCCGGCAACUACCGAUAACAAGACAGAAGGUUGAAUGGGAGAAGGUCGGUGGGUACAGGCUCGGCCAGGAUAUCGCUGGUGGGAGAGGGCAGUAA